UAAAGAUUUAUUUUUCACCAAAAAUUCUUAAAAAUUGCCAAAAUUUUAUUAAAAAAUUAACAGAUUUAAAGAUAUAAAAUAUUUAAGGAAAGAAUGAUUGAAACAGUCACUAAAUUUAUUAAAGUAGAGAAUAUGGAUAUUCUUUUACACUUUACUUUGUUAUAGGAAUAAAUUAUUUUAGUAGUAACUGAUAGAGAGCUUAAUUUGACAAAUAUUCAUAUGGCUAUGUAGACAAAAUAUGAAGAUUUUCCAACGGCUACUUGUAUAAAAGAUGAUUAAGGUAGAUAAGAUGAACAAUACAUAUAAACUCUAGCUAGAUCUUUAUGUAAAAAAAACAAAAUAAACGUAUGUCUUUCCUAUAAUUUAGAAAGCAAGCAAGAUCCUGGAUUUUAUUUGAUGAUAACUAAACUAAUAAAUGAACAAGUGGCUGAAGUUCUUUCUAAAAAAAGCUAAAAUUGAUUUUAAUUAUAAAAAAAAUUCUAUGUAAUCUUAUUCUAAGUUGAAUAUCUUUUAAUUAAAUAGAAGUAGAUUCUAAUUAACAAAAUACCAAAUUUUAAUCAGAUUUUUCUGCUCUCGAUUCAUUUAUUUUUAUUUAUAUUUAUUUACUUGAAUUAUUUAAAAGAAAGU